AUGUCCAUCGAAGACGUCAAGGCUGCCAUUGAUAAGUUGCAUUCCAGAAUCCAAGAUUUGGAAAAAAAGGCUGGAUUAAUUCCAGAUGUUCCAAAGUCCAUUCGUAUGGUUUUGAUUGGUCCUCCAGGUAGUGGUAAGGGUACUCAAGCACCAAACUUGAAGGACAAGUUCUGUGCUUGUCAUUUGGCCACUGGAGACAUGUUGAGAGCACAAGUUGCUGCUAAGACCGCCUUAGGUGUUGAAGCCAAGAAGAUUAUGGAUCAAGGUGGAUUGGUUUCUGACGAAAUCAUGGUUAACAUGAUUAAAUCUGAAUUGGAAAACAAUAAGGAAUGUUCCAAUGGGUUCAUUUUGGAUGGUUUCCCAAGAACCAUUCCUCAAGCUGAAAAGUUGGAUUCUAUGUUGACUGAAAGAAAGACACCAUUGGAUCAAGCCGUUGAGUUGAAGAUUGAUGAUGAAUUGUUGGUUGCUAGAAUUACUGGUAGAUUGGUUCACCCUGCUUCUGGUAGAUCUUACCACAAGUUAUUCAACCCCCCAAAGGUUGACAUGGUUGACGACAUUUCUGGCGAACCUUUGGUUCAAAGAUCUGAUGACAAUGAAGCUGCUUUGAAAAAGAGAUUGGUUACUUACCACAAUCAAACAGAACCAAUUGUUGCAUACUACCAAAAGAGUGGUAUUUGGUCUGGUAUUGAUGCUUCCCAAAAGCCAACUAAGGUUUGGGAUGACAUCUUGAAGUGUUUGGGUCAAAAAUAA